AUGGAUCAAUCCGCAGGCAAUAUAAAUGGUUCAACAUAUAAAGGCUUAUUUAUUUUCAGUUCAAUUGCUGCUUCAGCUGGCUUACCAAUUGAUCAAUUCAAUUUUCUUUUAUCUGAAUUAUUGGCAUUAAUUUUUGCUUUACUUUUUCGACGUUUUCUACCACCGAAACCUAGCAAUACCAUGACAAGACAUAUUGUUGCUAGUUUACUUGGUCUUGCUCUUGGUUACUUUUGUUUUGGUGCAGAAAUCUGGCAUCUGAUUGCACAAUCAGCAGGUGUAUAUCUCAUGCUAUAUGUAGUGCCUCCGAAACAUUCAUAUCUUGUUAUAUUUGUUUUCUGUAUGAUUUAUAUGAGUGCCAUACAUAUACAUCGAGUAAUAUAUGAUUAUGGGAAUUAUACACUUGAUAUUAGUGGACCAUUAAUGAUAAAUACUCAAAAAUUAACUGCACUUGCAUUUGCAUUCUUUGAUGGUUAUCGAUCAAAACAACAAGCUAAACGUCAAGGCACAGAUAAAACGGAUGAAAAAUCAGUUUUAAGUCCCGAUCAAGAAACACAAAAAAUAAAUCAUAUACCAAAUAUAAUUGAAUAUUUUAGUUAUAUUUUUUAUUUUCAUGGCAUAUGUGUUGGUCCAUUAUGUUUUUUUAAAGAUUAUUGUAAUUUUAUUGAAGGGAAAAAUUUACUUGUUAUACCAGUAAGUAAAGAUACAAAUCCAUCAUCGGAUAAACAACAAUCAGUAGAAAAACAAGAACAACCAUCGGUAUUCUGGCCAGUAUUUACUAAACUUUUACAAUGUGGUUUCUGGGGUUAUAUACUUAUGAUUUAUACACCAUAUUAUCCGGUAGAACAUAAUUUAAGUCAAGAAAUGGUUAAUUCUCCAUUUAUUAAACGAGUUGUUUUUCUUUUAUGGUCAACAUUUUGUUCUCGAGUUAAGUAUUAUUUUGCAUUCAUAUUAUCAGAAGCUAUAAAUAAUGCAGCUGGUCUUGGUUUUAAUGGUUAUGAUAAACAAGGAGUACCACAAUGGAAUCUAUUAACAAAUGUUAAACCACUUCAAUUAGAAUCAGCAACAAGUUUAAAAGUUGUUAUAGACAUGUGGAAUAUACAAACAGCUUUAUGGCUUCGUCGUGUUUGUUAUGAUCGAUUAAAAAAUGGUCGAACAUUGGGUGUUUUUGUUCUUUCAGCACUUUGGCAUGGUUUUUAUCCUGGUUACUAUGUAUGCUUCAUUUUAGCAGCAUUUCAUACAUAUGCUGGUCGUGGUAUUCGACGACAAAUACGUCCAUAUUUUCAAAAGAAUGAAGUGACAAAAAUUAUUUAUGCUUGUCUUACUUGGUUUGGUACACAAAUGGCACUUAGUUUUGCAGUAACACCAUUUGUGUUAAUGGAAAUUCGAAAAGCUUGGUAUUUUUAUCAAACAUGGUAUUUUAGUGUACCAAUUCUUUCAAUUAUUCUUGCAUUAACAUUAAAUGGUUCAAGUUCGAAAUCAAAGCAAUCAUCAUCAUCACAAGAAAAAGAAAAAAAAGAAAAAUAA